AUGAUGCCUGUUCAUUACUCUGCCCCUGAGCUAGGAUUCCAUACCAUCACCAGUCCUCUCGCCACCCAAAUGCCACAAGCAGCCGGCGCAGCAUAUAUGCUCAAGUCGGACGACGAGCGACAGGGUGAUUGUGCUAUUUGCUACUUUGGCGAUGGCGCUGCAAGUGAGGGCGACUUUCACGCUGCUCUGGGGAUGAACAGCGUCCUCGGCGGACCUUGUAUUUGGUUCUGCCGAAACAACGGCUUUGCGAUAUCCACCCCUAUAGUGGACCAGUACGCAGGUGACGGUAUAGCCUCCCGCGGCCCUGCUUACGGACUCGACACCAUCCGCGUUGAUGGCAACGAUGCCCUCGCCGUCCUCACCGCCGUCAAAGAAGCUCGCAAACGCGCUGUUGAAGGUAAAAAGGGUGUUCUGGUAGAGGCAAUGACGUACAGGGUCGGACACCACAGCACGAGUGAUGAUUCGAGCAUGUAUAGGGAAAAGGAUGAGGUUCGGGAGUGGAACAAUCAAGACAACCCGAUCCAUCGGAUGCGGGCAUACCUCGUCUCACAGAACUGGUGGACCGAAGCAGAAGAGGCAGCUCUCCUCAAAGCCCACAAGACUGAUGUGCUGAAAUCGUUCAGCCGAGCAGAAAAGCUGCCAAAGCCAAAGCUGGGUGAAAUGUUUUCCGACGUCUGGGGUAUGCCCGAAGGCGAACAAGUGCCGGCCAUCAUCACGGAACAAAAGGCGGAGCUGGGAAGACUAUUGAAAAAGUAUGGCCAAGUGUGGGAGCCCUGGAAGAAGGAGUUGAGCAAGUUUGUGGAACAAGGCGAGGAUGUCAUGGACUGCGGUGGGCCGGGGUCAUGA